UAUACGACCAUAUAUGGUGGUGUUGACAAUUACCCUUUGGUGAAGUAGAUCUGAAAUCUACCACUCUCCCUCUAAAGAGAGAUUACAGAGAGAGAAGACGAAGAUAGAGAGAGUGAGAGAGGGACUCACAGGUUUCUUUAACACUCGAAAAACCUACUGAUACUGAUUGUUUUGAAGCUCUUUGGUUGAAGAACGAAGUGGGAAAGAGGAAAUAUUCUUGCUUUUGCUCUCCCUUAAGUGGAGAGUAGUAGUCGUUGUAGCAAGAAACCCAAGGAAAAACCAUGGCUUCUUAUGAAGCUACGAAUGUUAUUUUCACCAAGGUCAAGAAUUUAGACCCAGAUAAUGCGUCGAAAAUCAUUGGGUACAUUCUCAUUCAAGACCUUGCGGAGAAAGAUUUGGUGCGACUGGCUUUUGGACCGGAUAACCUUUUGCACUCGUUGGUUCUAAGGGCUAAAAUCCACUUGGGACUUUGCUCGAACACUUCGUCUUCACCUUCUUCAACGCCUUCUUCUCCUUCACCGCUUAACCCCAUAGCCAGGCCAUCUAAUAUUAGCUGUAACAGUAACCCAUUUUCGCAAUCUUCGCCUAGAAUCCCAAAUGGCUUUGACUUCAAGAACCCUUCUUCUUCUCCAUCCUCGAAUUCUUGGCCGCUUUCUGGGUUUUCCAACAACCCCGUUAGUAGUCCGAAGUCUAGCCCCUUACUCUCUUACGACAAUAUCCGGUCUGGGUCGUUUCCAGUACCGCUGUACCACUACAAGGAUGGUGGUGAAGCAGCUGCUGCUGCUGCUAGCGGGGACCUCAUUGACGAGCAACAGCUCAGUGAGUACCUCUCUUUCAUGAACGACUCGUCGUCUAGGGGUGAGGAUUUAGUCGAUCCGCGACUCGAAUUGGGUCACGGAGCUCAUGAUUGGGGUCAUUCCGUCAACAAUGGCGAUGCCCAUUUUCACAGAAGGAGCUACUCGGCUAGUGAAGUAUCUUUCGGGACUGAAGAUUCAGGCUUGGGUAUUGGGUUUAAGCCUUGCCUUUACUUCGCUAGAGGGUUUUGCAAGAACGGAAGCAACUGCAAGUUCGUGCAUGGUGGCUUCGGAGAUGCAGUGGAACCUUCUGGUGCCAUUGUGGGCUCGCCGAGUAAGUUUGAGGGCUUCGAACAGCACGAGGAGAUGAUGAGAUGGAAGGCUGCCCAGCAGCAGCAAAGGCUAGCCGCCGCAUCUCAGUUCAUGGCUGGAGUCUCACCUUCUGUUAACAAGUAUAUGAAUUUCCUCUUGCAACAACAUAAUGACCCCCAGAGAGCGGCAGCCGCAGCAGCACUCAUGAUGGGAGAAGAUUUUUACAAGUUUGGGCGUUGUCGACCAGAAAGGAAUGACUUUUUGUCAAUGUCUGCUGCUGAAAAGAUGAACUCGGCCUCAAGGCAGAUCUACUUGACAUUCCCAGCUGAGAGUACUUUUAAGGAUGAAGAUGUUUCCGAAUAUUUCAACAAGUUUGGACCUGUGCAAGAUGUGAGAAUUCCUUACCAACAGAAGCGGAUGUUUGGUUUUGUAACGUUCGUCCACCCAGAAACUGUGAGGUUCAUUCUGUCUAAAGGAAAUCCUCAUUUUAUAUGUGAUUCUCGUGUUCUUGUCAAGCCUUAUAAGGAGAAGGGAAAAGUUCUAGACAAGAGGCAGCAGCAUCAACAACAGCAACUUGAGCGAGAUUUUUCAACGUGUUUGAGCCCGUCUGGGCUUGAGUCUAGGGAACCCUACGACCUUCACCUUGGGGGGAGAACGUUGUACAACACACAGGACAUUCUUUUGAGAAGAAAAUUGGAGCAAGCUGAACUUCAACAGGCCAUUGAACUCCAAGGGAGAAGGUUGAUGAAUCUGCAGCUACCAGAGCUGAAGAAUGAUCGAUUGCACCAUCACCAGCGAAGUCUCUCUGUUGGUGCUCCCGUUCCCUUGCCCCCUCAGUCUAAUUCUCUCAGUACUCAAAAUUCGUUUGAUGGCAUUAAACAGGAGGUCCCAGAAGACUGCAAUAAAAGUGCUACUGCCACCAUUUCUGUGACUUCUGAAGUUUUAGUGCAGCAACAUCAGCAAGAAGAAGAUUCAACUUGCAUUGACAAUGAUGUUAAGGAGCAGAUCUUUGUCUCUGAAGGUCAUGAUCUCCAUAAAAGCAGUGUAGAACAGGUGCUUCCUGACAACCUCUUUGCUUCUCCUACUAAGGCAGCUGGUGAUCAUAUCUCUGACUUCUCCACCACUGUAUCGGAGUUAAAUGAAAGCACUGCACUUCCCAUUGAAAAAAAUUCGCCGCCACCUAUCUCUUCUGCUUGCUAUAUGGUGUCUAAUCCACAAUGAUUUAUCUUAUGCAAAGGAGUAAACAUGGCCAGCAGGGAUUUGACUUUUUUUAGGUAAGAAACUUAGAAGCAUAGACAAGGAAGAAAACUCUAGAUGUAUAGCUGAAUUAUACCAACAUCAAAGAGUAGAUCCAUAGAGACGAUCUCAUCGAGGUCUACACCAUCGUCGUCUAUACAUACUGCUAACAGCAAAUACAUAUUCCAUACAUAAAGGACAGAUGAAAUGAUUUAUGAGUUUUUGUUUGGGUAGGUUCUCUUUUCUACUUAUGUGUAAGCUUUCUUUUAUAGGUUUUUGUUGGACCACAUAGAGACUUAGAGCAGGACGAAGACUGUAAUGGAUUACAUUGUUGUCUACACAUCUUUGCUUUCUUUACUAUCUUUUUCCUCAUGGGGUGAAUUUAGUUGAAUUGGAGAUUGUAAGAUUAUUAGGUGAUCUGUACAUGUUUUACUAGAGCAGCUGAAGGAAUUUUCAUUUCAGUUGGGAGUUAAAAAAAAAACAGAAGUACAUAGGCAAAAUGAGAAGGAACACAGGUGGAGAGGUCAUCAAAAGCUUGAAAAACUGGGUUUGUGACCUUUUAUUUUUAUAUUUUUUAUUUAAAUAUCCCCCCUGCCCUUUUCUGGGUUUUCUUAAAAAACUCUUUUACUAUAUUUUAUUUGAAAGAUCCCUUUUUUUCUUUC